UGAGAGUUGCUUUUCCAGCUCUGGCAGGAAGGCGGAGCAAUUCCUGCUUGUAAUCAGUUGCGGAGCCUUGGACUUACUCCUGGGGGAAAAAUUCCCACUCAGCAUCUGUCACUCUGUCUCUGUGCAGCCCCGACGCCCUUGAGAGGUGAGGACAGAGACGCGGGGUCCUCCUCUCCCCCAGGACCUGAGGCUGCCCAGGAGAGCAUCGUGGAGAGAAGUUCAGGAGACUCAAAGUCCAGAAUUGAGCUGUCAGCAGGUCCACACUACCUGAAGCUCUAGUUUGAUAUCACAAAGAGGAUUCAAAAGAGACCCCCAGUGGCCCCUGUGAACAUGGAGGGAACAGACAGAAGGAUCUCACUGCGGCCUUCAUGCUCGCUGCCUCUGGCAAUAUCAGGUAACCUGCUUUACCGGAACAUUGUUCAGAUAAUUUGGUCCGAGAUGACUAAAGAAAACAUACAUUGGCUACUCUCUCAUCCACAAGCUUGGGAGAAGAUUAUGGAGCAAACCAAUUUGACAAGGGAGGAGGUCAACACGCUGUGCUCCAUCCUGCUCAUGGAGCUGGUGGAACGUGAGACAGAGUCCAUGCCAGAGUCGAACCUGUCGGAGGAGGAGGAGCUGUUCCUCUUCCUUUUUCCCUGUGAGAAGUCGAAGCUGGAGAAUAACAUCAAGGAACUUAAUGCCCUUGCAGACCAAGUUGACGCAAGCCACAAGAGGUUCACCAAGGUCAGCUUGCUGGCCAGCUCUUCGGGAGCUGUUUCUGGAGCCAUUAGCAUUUUGGGUAUGGCCCUUGCCCCUCUGACAGCAGGAGGGAGCCUCAUGCUGUCAGCUGCUGGGGCAAGUCUGGGGGCAGCAGCUGCCAUCACUGGUGUUGUGACAAAUGUCUUAGAAAAGAGAAGCAAUUCGGCAGCAAGAGACAAAGCCAACAGCCUGCUGUCUGCUACAGAAUCGCAGGACAAGGCCGCCGGCGGGAUCGAGUUGCCUGACGUCGAGGAUGCUGGACUGUGUAUUAACAGGUGUACGAGAGUAAUCCAGCGCAUCAGUGACCUCCGUGCCUACCAGCUCGCUCAAGCCAACUCCGGCUUCAUUGCCACGGUCAAGAAUUUCGUGGCCACAAAGUUUGCUCCUAUCUUGAAUGUGGGCGGGAUGGAGAGUGCCUUUCAGGGUACAGCUCAGGGCGUGGCCAGUGGUUCCCGCUUGCUGGGUGUGACCGGGGCUGGCUUCUUCAUGAUCUAUGACAUGAACAACUUCUGGCAGAAGUGGAGGCACCUGCAGGAGGGGGCGCAGGCGGAGAUGGCAGAGGAGCUGAAGGCGCUUGCCAGGAUGCAGGAGCAGAAGCUGAGCGAGCUCACUCAGCACUACCAGAGCCUGCAGCAGAAGAGGCGGCCUCGUCCCAGGUUCUCGGGCAGGGCCCGCAAAGGAGCCGACCACACGGAGCUGAAAGGCUGAGGGCCAGGGAGUCGAACCUCCGCCAUCUUGUGGAUCCAGCUUCUCUUGAGCCGCACUCUACCACUGCACCGGAGAACGAGCCCCAGGGAAGAGAUUUUUAUUUGAGCCAUUUUCUAUUUCUAGACUCUCCUAUUUAGAGAAAUUAAAUAUCUAGGUGUAAAAAGUAAAAUGAGAAAACUAUGACCAGAAAAUGAAGAAGAAUAUCCAAAAUCAGUGAAAUUUUAUGGCGAGAAUAGAAUGUGACCGGGAAGCAUGACCUCAGCCUGAGAUGUGGGAGAGGGCACACAAGCCUUUGCCGAAGAGGCUCAUAAAUUCAUUCAUUCGUUCACCUGCUUAUUCAACAGAUUUUAAUUAAGUGAGCCCCUUCAUAGGGGCCGAGGAUUUAGGAAAUCGUUCCAAACUUGUCUGUACAUAGGAAUUACUUGGGACGGCUCCAAAAAUUUUGAUGAGUGGCUGGGGCCUACCACAAGAAUUGGGAUUUAAUUGAUAUGACCUGGACUUUUAAAUUAAAAAAAAAAGUUAGUUUUUGCUGUAGGGCACAUGUGCUCACUGGAGAGACAGAGAGAGAGAGAAGGAAAGUGAGAAAUCUCCCACUGGGG